CACUAAAGGACUAUUACAUCACUCUUAAUUUUUCUGUCUUGUGCAAUCUGGUAUCUUUUCGAACUCCUCAAGGCGGGAAUGCACAUGAAGUAGCCUUAAGAAUUGAAAAAAAUGAGGUGAAGCAUCCUGCUAGAUUGCUCUUUCCAUAAGCAAGCCAUGCAGCAGUGUGAGACCAUCCUUUGCCUGUCAGUCUACAUCAUCACCUUCAUCACAGGCUUCCCAAGCAACAUCCUGGCUUUCUACACGUUCAGCAGCAAAGUCUGGAGAAAGCCAGUGCCGAUCGACAUCCUUCUACUCAACCUGACCAUCUCCGACCUCUUAUUCCUUCUUGUCCUGCCUUUUAAGAUGCAAGAAGCAGUCGAUGGUAUGCACUGGAACAUGCCCUACUUCCUUUGCCCGCUGUCUGGCUUCAUCUUCUACAUGACCAUCUACAAUAGCGUGUUUUUUCUCACCGCAGUAAGUGUCGAGCGCUACCUGGGAGUUGCUUUCCCCAUCCAGCAUUCGCUGAGGCGACGGCCCGUUUACGCCGUGGUGGCCUCACUCUUCCUCUGGAUGCUCUCCAUGCUUCAUCUUAGCAUCGUCUACAUAGUGCCAUACUACAAUCCUGCUGGGACGGGCCCACCGCCUCGGAAUGUGUGCUACGAGGAGUUCACGGAUGCCCAGUUGCGCAUUCUGCUGCCUGUACGCUUGGAACUGUGCAUCGUGCUGUUCUGUAUCCCGUUGCUCAUCUGUACGUUCUGCUACGUCAAUUUUAUUCGCAUCCUGUCCCGUUUGCCAAACAUUGGCAGACGGAGGAAGCUCCGAGCCAUUGGACUUGCCUUGGGCACUCUGCUGGUGUUCGCACUGUGCUUUGGGCCCUACAACGUCUCGCAUGUGGUAGGAUACUUCUCCAAAAGCAGCCCUGCCUGGAGAGACAAGGCAUUGCUCCUCAGCACCUUCAAUGCCUGCCUGGAUCCUCUAAUCUUUUACCUGUCAUCGGCAGCUGUCCGGAGCACGCUGGCAUCAAUGGCGCAGGGGGUGUGGCACAGAAUAAAAACAGGUAGCAGUGUGAUUUUCUGCUGGAGACUGCCGAAAGAUGGGCACGAGGGUACCAAAAACUCAUUUCCAUUACCGGGCGAGAUUAAUGCUCUCUGACAGAAAUUGGGGGCAAGAACAGGAGCAACCACGUCCUUGAGUUUUCAGUCCUUUGAAAUAAGGAUGCAAACAUUUCUAUGUAUAUUUAAAUCCCACAGCAAACACUUAUACAUCUGAAAUAGUUCUGAGGAUUUGGACAGCAUUUUGGUCAGUGGCCAGUCUUUGAAGGUUCUUUAUUUCUGCAAAUUCAAUUUGUAGUAAGCGGACCAAAUAUAAUCAUAGGAUUUUUACCUACUAAGCCAAACACCUGAUCUAUCACAGGUCUAUCAGCAUGCCUGUAUGGCUUUAUGUAAGUAAUGCCCAUAUGCUUCCUGCAUAGGAUAAGGACAUGGACAACAGACCUUGCAUAGGAGAUUUAUGAGAGCUCCAGGACGAGAAGAAAGACAUCAUAUACAGCCUACUCUGUACACAAGACAGCCAUAUAUCGAGUGUUUGCAAACAGAAGGCCUUUGGUUUAUGAAGCAUCGAAUAUGUUUUCUUGGGCUUGCUUCUUCAACCGGAAUGAAAGACACGCACUGCAACGGGCGUAUCGAGCGGUGGGCGAGGGGAAAAAACAGAAAAAGGGACCCUUAACCUAGACAGUUCAGUAUGAUUGGGUGGAGAUUAAGCACAGAGUCACAGUUUGUUCAGCGUGGAGAUAAAGGAUCUGCAAUAGCAGGCAAUACUUGGGUCAAUAGAACUCGCUCUUUCACCUGCUCCGUGUUAAUAUUUGCAGGUUAUUUGGUUCUUGGAAAAAUGAACAAUAGAUGAGAAACCAGGAGCUAACACCAGACGUUAUUUGAGAGAGAAAGGGAAAAAAGGAGAUAUGUGUGCACACACACACUUCACACAAAAAGCCUUUCAAUUUUUCCACAUUCUAACUUAGUUCAGAAACUAGGAAAAUGACAAAAACGCUAAACCUUUCAUACCUCAAAACAAAACAAAAAAUGUAAAAAAAUAAAGAAUGUCAUCAAUAAAAAGCAAAGGAACAAAUUACAAUAAAACCAUUACACCUUGUUUUUAAUCAAAACUCUUCAAAUCUUACAGCGGCAAAGCCUGAUUAUCGUGUCCACCCUGCCGCAAAGAGCAAUUCAUCAGGCGCAGACUGAAAUUAGCUGUCAUUACUUAACGUGUUUUUUGCCGAACCAUGAGGAGUAUAUUGCUUAUUGUAAUGUCUGCCGUCCAUUCCGGGCCCUCUACGGCAUCAUAAAAAUUUUAUAGUAUAUUUCCCUCUUGCUCAUAACCGUCUCGAAUCUCCCUACAGGAUGCUGGUGCAUGAGUUAUGAUUUAUGAACCCAAUAAAUAUUUGGAUAAGGUUAUUGUCUUUGAUUGCUCGUCUUGGGCUAUGUGUGUGUACGUAUACGUGUGCGCGCAUGUGAUCUACUAAGUACACGCGGCGACAACCGAAUGCACAAGGGCUUUAGUUUUGUGCCUCAUCGAGUUUCAUACAUGGGAAAGACAUUAUUUAUAAUUUAUUGUCUGUAGCCUGUUAGCGAAUGCAAAAUGUCCCAAUACAUAAUUUUGUUGCUUGAAAGAGAAAAUACCCAGGGAGAGUUGAAUUGAACACAGAUUAUUGUUUGUCACAGUAAAAUGGCAGUUCUAAUAAAUUUCCCCUGUUGUUGGAUAUGUACUGUAUUCAUUGCUCGGUUUUCUCUUUAUUAAUAUGAAAUGUAAAUCUUGAAAGCACAUAAAUUAUGAAGUGUAAGUUGACUUGUUUUUUUUUUUUUAAGUGGGAAUUUUCCAGGCUAUUCCCAAAAUGCCGCUCUGCUCUUAAAGGAGAGAGGAACAUAU